AUGAAGUUCACUUCAUCACCAGGUGAAAAUGCAUUCCAGGUGAAGAUCACUGCUCCUGAUGAACAGUUCACUCGGGUUGGUGUGCAAGUAUUAGACAGGAAAGAUGGUUCCUUCCUUGUGAGAUACAGGAUGUAUGCAAGCUACAAAAACCUGAAGAUAGAGGUCAAAACCGGAGAUAAACACGUCGCAAAGUCUCCAUACAUUUUAAAAGGACCUGUUUACCAUGAAAACUGUGACUGCCCUCAGGAGGAGAGCAGUGAAUGGCUGGAAGAGAUGAACUGCCCUCAAAUUAUUCCACAGAUUCAAAGAGACCUAGCAAAUUUUCCCAUUGUUGAUCCAGAUAAGAUUGCAAAAGAAAUUCCACAGAGGUUUGGGCAAAGACAGAGCUUGUGUCAUUACACCAUCAAAGAUAACGAGGUUUAUAUAAAGACAUAUGGGGAACAUGUUGGCUUCAGAAUUUUCAUGGAUGCCAUACUGCUUUCUUUGACAAGAAAA